AUGCUGGCUAUUGUCGAUAACAUUUUACGCCUAAUUAAUUUUGCCUUUUUUGUCAUCCUGUUGGGUCUGAUUGGUGACCUAUUAAGCACUCAGGUUGGGCAUAGUUCGCGUGUGAACUUUUGUAUGUUUGCUGCUGCUUUUGGUAUUGUCACCGACUCGUUCUACGGUAUUCUGGCCAACAUAUGGGAGCCUUUUGCAUGGCCUAUUAUUUUGUUUGUUUUGGAUUUCCUCAACUUUGUCUUCACUUUCACCGCUGCUACAGCCUUGGCAGUCGGCAUUAGAACUCACUCGUGUACCAACCAGGCGUACCUGGACAGCAACCGUAUCACGCAGGGCUCCACUUCGAGAUGUCGUGAGGCGCAGGCUUCCGUGGCGUUCUUUUACUUUUUGUUCUUUAUUUUCUUGGCCAAGAUGAUCAUGUCGGGCAUUGGGGUGUUCACCAGCGGUCCAUUCGCUUCCAGGUCGACCUUGAGCUCGAGAAAAAGCAAGGGCGGCCAAGUGGGCGUGCCAACCAUCUCCCAAGUGUAG